GAGUUUAGUGUUUCUUGCAGUUGCCGAUGGCGGGAGCCAUGCUACAAGGAAGGAUAAGCAGGGUGUUGAACCUUGGACGCCGGUUGUGCAGCGAUGCAAGUGUACCAGAACUCCAAACACACAAUGCAGUCACAUCAGUGCCGGAGUGGGCCAGAGCACCGCUGGAAGACUUGCAUGGAAGGCGGCAUGAUUAUGUCAGGAUAUCACUCACAGAGCGCUGUAACCUGAGAUGUCAAUACUGCAUGCCAGCCGAAGGUGCGCCGCUCUCAGCGCGCGACAAGUUACUCACACGCGAUGAGCUGACGCGGACAGUCCGUGUUUUAGCCGCGAUGGGUGUCCGCAAACUCAGACUAACGGGUGGCGAACCUACGUUGCGUGCUGAUCUACAUCUUAUCAUAGAGGAACUCAACAACAUCGAAGGCAUCACAAGCGUAUCAAUGACGACCAACGGCCUAGUGUUAACCCGUCGGCUGCCCACCUACGCUCGGGCCGGUCUCGCUGCCCUCAAUAUAUCUUUAGACUCGCUGCAUAAUGAGCGAUAUGAGAAAAUGGCGAGAAGACCGGGCCUUAAGAAAGUGUUGGCUGGUAUAGACUUGGCACUGCAGUUGGGGUUUCCUGUGAAAAUCAACGUUGUGCUUAUGAAAGGAUUCAAUGACGAUGAAAUUAUGGACUUUGUGGAAUACACAAAAGAUCGCCCCGUUGAAGUUAGGUUCAUCGAAUUCAUGCCUUUCUCUGGCAAUAGUUGGGACGACUCAAAACUAGUUCCGUACCGGACAGCAUUAAGGACUAUUGUGGAAAGACAUCCAGAGCUGCAGGGGUGCACGCCGCGACCAAAUGACACUGCAAGGGUAUGGCAAGUCCCGGGGUACGCGGGCCGCGUGGGAUUCAUCUCCUCAAUGACGCAGCACUUCUGUUCCACGUGCAAUCGACUCAGGAUAACUGCCGAUGGAAAUCUUAAGGUAUGCCUGUUCGGCAACGCGGAGGUGUCUCUCCGCGAUGCGAUCCGAAGCGGCGCUGAUGACGAAGAGUUAACGACGCUUAUACGCGUCGCGCUUAAGAACAAGAAACCGCAACAUGCUGCGAAGCGGGCAACGGGGCCUACGGAGACCAUCGACCAGGGGAUCCAAAGCUUGUCAAGAUACUUAGAUGAUGCUAAAGGCACGCCUCGGUUUGUAAACCUUCCAUUAAAAAUUAAAGUUUCUGAUCAGAGCGUCCAAAUAAUUAGAAAUCAGGCUAUGGAUAUCGAAAGUCUACAGGACAUCCUAAACUCAAGUCUUCCAUUUACAAUCAAAAUUCCUGAUCAAAGCGUCCGAGGAAUCAGCUCUAAGUUUUCCUAUCUACACUUGGCAAUGCCAGGCCUUGGGUUAAAAGGAAAUUUUCAACAUAUCCGUUUGUAUAGUACCAGCCCGUUUUCACAUUUAGACUCGUCAGGGCGAGCGCGAAUGGUAGAUGUGAGCAGAAAGAGAAUCACAGACAGAACAGCAAUCGCCGAAUGCCGGCUUAAUGUUAGCGCUGAAUUAAUAAGGCUUUUAAAAGAUGGCGCGUUACCUAAAGGUGACGCUUUAGGCGUGGCUAGAGUCGCUGGUGUUUUAGCUGCCAAGCGAACUUCAGAGCUUAUCCCCUUAUGUCAUCCACUUCCACUAGACUGCGUCCUUGUCUCUUUAGAACUGCCAGAAAAGGAUGACGAUAAUACAGUCUAUAUUUCUUGUGAGGUUCGCGUCACAGCUAAAACUGGUGCUGAAAUGGAAGCAUUAUCAGGCUGUUCAGGGGCCGCUUUAGCUUUAUAUGAUAUGUGCAAAGCCGUGGACAAAGAAAUGGUGAUAUCUGAUCUUAAAGUCGUCCGUAAGACGGGGGGUAAGAGCGACUACCCCCCUCCGAAGUUAUCCCCUUCACCCCCCGUGGAGACGACCAAGCCAGUUGACUGGCCGAAGGAAACCUUUGCUCCUAUUAAUGUUGUUUACUUGUGAUCGAGUUGUGAUAUGCAAAGGGUGCUUAAGUACCUACCUGUAGGUUAGUUUUUUUUAAUAUCAAGUUAUUGUUAAGUCAGAGGGCAUACCGCGAAGCACGUUCGACGUGUUGCCUCCCUGUCACACUUACGUACGAAUUAAUAAGUGGAACAGAGGGGCAAUACGUCGAACCUGGUUCGCGGUAGGCCCUCAGGAACGGAUAAAGACAAGUUUAGUUAUAAUACGAUGUUACGUCAAACGAACAUCAACGGUGAAUUGUUUAAAAUUAUAAGUCAUAGAAAUUAUAUAUUAUCUGUUUUAUAUACUUUGCAUACCAUAUGCAUAGUUUUUUUCAUCUUUAACAUAAUAUACGAUGGCUCAUCGCCUCUGAGCCCAAAAAAUUGCAUGAAUAAAAAUAGAUGAUCUAAGUUUGCCCUACAAAGGGUUAAAGUACAUAAUUCUAGGUAUUUAGUACGACUACAUAGGUAUACCUAAUACUUCCUAUGGUAUUUUUUUUUAUAUAAAUCAAUCAUUUAUUUACAUACAAUAUACUUGUAUAUACAGUGGUACAACUAAACGAAAUUAAUAACUAGCUUAAAUCUAAAAUAGGCCCCUGAGGCAUUGUACCAAUGGUAUUUAUAAUAUUAUGUUAUUGUAAUAAUUUCUAUACACAGCUAAGGACAAAACGUCAAUAUCAUUGUCAACACCAUGUUCCACAGUACAGUACAUCGGUGGACCUUAUUACAAAAGGUAUAAGGUCCACCGAUGUACAGCUUUUCCGUUCCCAAGUUAGCAGUUGAAUAAACAUACCAUUUAUUGUUAUGUAGAUUAUGCCAAUUGAAUGAUGAAACUAGACUGUAAUGAUAUAUUAUUGAUGUCAUUAAUGCCAUAGUUAUGAAGUAUAUUUCCAGUUCAGGUGUGGAGUAAUAAAUAUGACUCAAUCCACAGGAUACAGUCAGCAAAAGUUGCUAAGCGGGCGAGGUGUUCAAAAUUACGGACACACUCUUAACCCCCUUAUUCAUAAACGUUUACUAAAGUUAACAAGCCGAUAAUAAUCGUUGGUCUCUUUCCAUCAUACCAAUACGUCGGAAAGGGACAAACGAUUAUUAUCGGCUUGUCAACUCUAGUAAACGUUUAUGAAUAAGGCGGUUAUUCUCUUAACAAUAAAGUCGCGUCAAGGUCAUUUUGAACACCGCGCCCGCAAACAACUUCUGAGAGCUUACCGCGAACCACGUUCGACAUGUUGCCUCUCUAUCGCACUUGUAAAUUUGUCCGUAAGGUUGACAGGGAGGCAACACUACGAACGUGGUUCACGGUAGGCCCUCUGCAGCUGACUGCACCAUAAGGGCCACCCCACAUUUAGCGUCUUUCGAGCGUCGGUGUCUACAACUCUAUGGCCGCUGCUCGACGCAACUGCGCAGCGACGUCAUUUUCCAUAGCGCUGACCAGACGCCGACGCUCGAAAGACGCUAAAUGUGGGGUGGCCCUUAUAAACAAAGUGGAUUUUAGAGAUAAUGCGCAUGAACUGUAGAGGGCAGCACAUAUGAAAUUAGAAAAUUAAUUGUAACUACUAAUUGGUCUAAUUGUGGUUGUCUGGAAGAUCGUUUUUUUAGCGAUAAGACUGCCUGUUGUUUACCUCUACUUCUGUUGCUGUUUUCUUUCUGUAUUGUUUUUUUAUUGAGAAUGUGCAAUAAAAGAGUAGGUUUUCGUAUUGUUUUUCAAAACGUAGCCAUGAAAAGAAUUAAAAUGUAUUAAGUAUGAUCUAAUAAUUGAUAACUCCAAACUAUUACGUAAAAUGGAGAUAAAAAGUAGUUCGUGCAAGUACAGUCGCCAUCAGAUAUAUCGGAGCGGCCAAGGUGUUCACAAUAUCUGAACAUGCACUCUAACGCCUUGACAAUAGAGGCGUGCUCAGAUAUUUGUGAGCACCUUGGCCGCUCCGAUAUAUAUAAUGGCGACUGUAAAACUUAUAAACGUUGUAUAUUUAGAUUAAUAACUCUUCGAUAACUUGUAAUGUUAUGUUGUAUAAUAUAAUACGUAAAUUAACGUAACAGGUAAAUACUGGUCGUUGUAUCUACGAAUGUUUAAAAUUAUAAUAUCCAUAUAAUCAUGUUGAAAGUUAUAAAAUAAUUCAGAUUUUUAUUUUUGUAUUGUUCUAAAUUACCGCUAGUUUUUAUUAAAACAGUAGGUUUAAGUCUUGAAUAUAAGUAUUUACAGUACAUAACAUUAGUACAUUUCAGAACAUAGCUAAGCUACUUAUGGUUGUUAUAAAGUUUUUUUAUACAUAUAUUUUUUCAAUAUAUCGAUAUUUUGAAGUUAAA